UGCGUUUGCGAAACUUGCGCCCUCUAGCGGAACGGCGUAUGCGACGUCAACAAAUUCGCCAUCUUAUUUUAUUUGGCGUGGUGGUUGCAACAAUUUGUAAUUUGCUUUCAAUUUUCGAUUUCUAGUGCAAAGUUUAGCUGUAAAUAACUGUAAUUGUAAAUAGCUAACAUUAGAGUCGCAACAAAUACGAUAAAUUGUGUAAUUUAACUGUGUAUCAUAAUGGAGGAACAACUAAAAGCUCUAAAGGCCCAGAGAGGCUAUGCAAAAGUAGUGAACCAGACUAUGAGCGCUCUCACCAACCUACAGGUGAAUGUCGAUGACAAAGACCCGUUUUUACUGGGUAUUCUGCAGCGUAAGUUAGACACAUACAGCUGGAGGUCAUAUCAACUGGAGAGAAAAGUGGAGAAUGACCCAACAGUUCAAGAUUUCCUCUCCUAUCUGGAGAGGCGAGCUCUUGCUUUGGAGAACACCGAUCAUAGCGAGACAGCCACAUCUGGGAAACGGCAGCCGGCAAGCAUAACAAAGAGUAAAGUUACUCUGGCAACAACAACCAAUUCUACAAUGGAGUGCUUAUACUGUGUUGCUGCAGCUUGAGGAGGCCCAACGCUCGCCUUCAACCAACCAUCAGCUACCACCUUCAUCUCCAAGCAUCAUCAACACUAAGUUUGGCCAUGUCAUCGCCGGAGCAUUAACAGAUACCAUUAUAAAGGAUCAGGUUGUAUCUCUUUUUUGUGCUAAAUGUGAAUCAGAUGUAAGUGACAAUAUAAAAAAGCUUUGGGAAGUGGAGAGUGUUCCGGAGUUACUAAAAGAGCGGGAUUCAGAGCAAGAGUUGGCAGAAAAAUUAUUUGUAAGCUCAGUAAAGCUUGAAAACAACAAGUUUACUGUUGACUUACCUUUGAAAAUAGAAACCGGCAACAUUAAUGAAUCUCUAGGCAACUCAUUUGACCUAGCAUUACACAGGUUUCUCAGUCUAGAAAAAAGACUGCAAAAGAACAUCAAUUUGCUUACAAAUUAUCAAAAGUUUAUUGAUGACUAUGUAGCCCUGGGGCAUGGGCACUAUGUAGAUAUUAACUCAUACAAUUUCAAUGAGGAUCCAAUUUAUUUUGUGCCGCAUCAUUCGGUAAUAAACGAAAAUAGUAAAAGUACGCCCAUGAGGGUUGUAUUUGAUUGUAGUAUGAAAACAAAUAAAAAAAUAUCUUUAAAUGAUAUUUUACUCAAUGGACCUACAGUGCAAAAAGAAUUGUUUGACAUUGUGCUAUUGUAUAGAUAUGGGGAAUACACUUUGAGCUCUGACAUUAAAAAAAUGUUCCGCAAUAUACUGGUAAACCCGGAGCACACUUCACUUCAGAACAUUCUGUGGCGCGAUAACUCUAGUCAGGCUAUACGGUGUAUUCGUCUUGAUACCGUCAGUUAUGGUAUGAAAUCUUCAAGCUAUUUAGCGACGCGCUGUUUAUUUGAGCUUGCAAAAACCCACGAGCAUGACCUGCCUCUAGCAGCUUUUAUAAUAAAAAAUUGUACGUAUGUUGAUGACAUUAUAUAUUCAUGUUCGGAUUUAAACCAAUUAAUUGAAGCAAAACGGCAGUUGUGUGAAAUGUUAAGUUAUGGGAGCUUUAGUUUGCAUAAAUGGGCUUCUAACACACCCUCUAUAUUGGCUGACAUACCGGAGGCUGAGCAGCAAUUUAGUCAGCUUGAACUUCAGAAAGGUAACUAUAGUAUGAAGGCUUUGGGGCUUAAUCUUGAUGUACAGAAGGACUGUUUUAUAAUAAACAGCCCAGUGCCUUUCAAUGAGGAGGUUAUAACGAAGAGGGAAGUGCUUAGCUACAUAUCUAAAUUCUAUGAUCCCUUAGGUUUUGCGGGUCCAAUAGUUAUAAAAGCUAAAAGUAUAAUAUCAAGGAUUUGGUAUAAUAAUACUGCUUGGGAUGAACGUAUUCCAGCUGAGCUAGCUGAUGAGUGGCUUCAAUUUGUUAGGAGUCUAGCGGCUAUGCAGCCUAUCAAUAUAAAUAGGUACAUUCCAACGAACACAGCAGUAACUGAGCAACUAAUAGGUUUUGCUGAUGCGUCCAGUACGACGGGAUACGGGUGCUGCAUUUAUCAUCGUGUGGUCGACAAAACAGGCUCAAAGCUUGUGCAGCGAAGCAGCUAAUGGGAUCCUUGCCUCCUCAGCGAGUCACACCAUGCAGACCAUUCCAGAAAAUAGGCAUUGACUUCGCUGGGCCUGUCAAAGUAAAAAAUUCGCGUGUUAGAAAAGCUAUUAUUAGCAAAGGUUAUGUAUGUAUAUUCGUGUGUUUUGUCACGAAGGCAAUUCAUUUGGAAUUGACCUCUGAUCUCACUACUGAGGCGUUCCUUGCAGCCUUUAAACGAUUUUCAAGUAGACGAGGCCUGCCCAGCGAGGUAUUCUGUGAUAAUGGUGGUUGUUUUCGAGGAGCAAGGAACCAGCUGGUGGAACUGUACAAACUUAAUAGUUCUGCUGAUCAUCAGGGACUUGUGCAAGCAUAUACUGCCAAAGAAGGCAUAAAGUUUCAUUUCACACCUAGCUAUGCACCGGUGUUCGCUGGGCUUGCAGAAGCCGCUGUGAAAAGCAUGAAAUAUCAUUUAAAGCGCAUUGUGUUAGAUGCUGCAUUAACUUAUGAACAGUUAAAUACUGUAUUAUGUCAGAUAGAGGCUGUGCUAAAUUCACGCCCUAUUUUGCCCCUCUCUGAGGAUAUAAAUGAUUACUGCUACCUGACUCCGGGGCAUUUCCUUAUAGGCACGUCUCUAACUAUGUAUCCCGAGGUAGAUAAUUCUGAAACUAGGAACAAUAGGCUAAGCUUCUGGCAACAAUGUACACAGUUGCAACAAAGGUUUUGGAAGGCUUGGUAUAAGUACUAUUUAAAUACUUUGCAAAAUAGAAGUAAGUGGUGUCAAUCUAUGCCUAAUGUAACUGAAGGUUCACUAGUUCUUAUGAGAGAGCCCAAUUCUCCACCUCUGGUGUGGCCCAUGGCACGGGUCGUGAAAGUAUUCCCUGGAAAUGAUGGCAAGGUCAGAGCCUUUCAGUUAAAAACAGCUGAUGGUAAAUUGUAUACUAGGUCAUUGCAGAGCAUAAGCGUUUUACCUAUUGAAAAAUGAUUAUGAAUAGGUAUUUUUUUAUAGAUUUAAGAUUGUUUCAUUGUAUGUCAUUGAUACUACUAAGACUAUGUCUAUUGUUGUUAUGAAUAGGUACUUAUAGUUAAAAAUUAGUUAAGUUGUUUGUAUAAUGUAAAGAAAUUACAACCUUAAUUGUUAGAUAAACGUUACUAUAGUUAAAUGUGUGCUUACCUUAUAUAAAGUUUUACUACUGAUUAAGAUUUAGUAAAAUGCUGUUAUAUACUUACAUACUUGAUUAGCAUUUAAGAUGCAGUUAAAUAAUAUUUUGUUAAAUUAAAGUAUAUGCCUUACAUGUGUGUUUACAGUUGAAAUUAGUUACAUUUAGGUGCAUAAUCGUUAUAGUUAGAUUUACUAUUAUAUACUUAAGUACUCUUCUAUAUGGUUAUAGCAGGUAUUCAUAAAAUAUGUUGGUUAGGUAAAUACAUAAAUUAAAAACGGUCAGCUUUGUUUAUAUAAACUUUAUUUUCAUAACUUGUUGUUCGAUAGGUAUCUUUCAAGUUAGAGUUGACAUAAUAUCUAAUGUACAAAAAAUGCCUAAGUAAAUACUAUGUAAACUAUGUUAGGUAUAAGUGUUUAAGCAUGAUUGCACUUUAUUUGGUCAUACAAAUGUUAUCUCUUGAGUUAAUUUAUCGUUUGCUCUUUCUUGGGCGGCAAUAUGUUGAUGGCAACACAGGUAUAUUUUUAAUUUAUUGUUUAUGGUUACUUCCGUAUCCUAUACUGUUACAAUAUAACUGCUGUACGGUGCUCUUGUGUUGUGAUAAAUAAAAUACUGUCUCACUGUGAAA